AUGAAAAUAGGUAUUUUUGUACUAGACCUUUAUCUUGAAAAAAUUCUUGCAAAAUUGUGCUAUUCCAGUAUCUUUAAUGCUAGCAUAGAUAGAAUGGAUAAUCAUAUGAAAAAACCUUUUGUACUUAUAUCUUUAAUAGCGAUUGUGUUAAUCACUAUAGCUUAUUUAUACAAGAAUAAUGCAAUCUCUGAUUCAGAAGUGGUUAAUGUUUACUCAUCACGAAAGGAAGAAUUAGUACGCACUUUAUUUGAUGAAUUUACAAAGAAGACAGGCAUUAAAGUUAACUAUAUAAUUGAUGAUUAUUCUCAGUUGCUUUCUCGUAUUGAAAAUGGUGGUGAAGCUGAUGUAUUUUUAGCUGCAGAUGCAGUGAAUCUUAUUUUAGCAAAAAAAAGAGGUUUUUUGUCUCAAGUAGACUCGGAAGUUUUAAGAAAUUCUAUACCUAGAGAAUUUCGAGAUAGUGAGAAUUAUUGGUUUGGUCUUACAAAGAGAACUAGAAUAUUAGUAUAUAAUAAAGAAUUAGUAGACCCUAAAGACUUAAGUACCUAUGAGGACUUAGCAAAUGAAAAAUGGAAAGGUAAAAUAUUAGUGCGCUCUUCCACAAGUCCCUAUAAUCGAUCGUUGAUUGCUUUUAUGAUUGCAAACAAUGGUUUUCCAAAAACAAAAGAAUGGGUGAAUGGAAUUGUAAAAAACAUGGCAAGGAAGCCAAGUGGUGGAGAUGUUGAUCAAAUUUAUGCUGUAGCAGCAGGUGAAGGUGGAGUUGCGAUAGUAAACAGUUACUAUUUUGCCAGGGUUCUUUCAUCACAGAAUGAACACAAAAAAAAUAUCAAUAAGCUAGGAGUUUUCUUUCCUAACAAAAAUGGCAAAGGUUCUAUGGUGAAUGUCAGUGGGGCAGCAGUGGUCAAGAACGCAAAAAAUAGAGAAAAUGCUAUAUUAUUAUUGGAAUUUUUAGUAAGUAAACAAGCUCAAGAGUUAUAUGCUAAAAAAAAUCAGGAAUAUCCUGUAGUUGAAGGUGUUGAGAUGUCUGAUAUCUUAAAAUCUUGGGGAGAUUAUUUACAGAGCGACUUAUCGCUUAGUAAGCUUGAAAAACAUCUAUUUGAAGCUGUCAUGAUAGCAGAUGAAUGUGGAUGGAAGUAG